GUUGGACACACUCUGUAAUGUAGGCACACUCUUACCUUUCUCCUUGGCGUUCUGCUGUGCUGCUGCUCGUGUAGGGGACAUCAAGAAAAUGAUGAAUUUCCGAGGCGUGUUGAAAACCUGUUCAAAGCUGUGCAAUCACGCGACGCACACGCCUCGACGAUGCUUGGCAGCCACUGCCAGUCAGCUCCAAGCCGUGCAAGAACCGGUGUCACGACCACAAGCCAAGAUCAAGUGCACACUUAUUCCUGGAGAUGGUGUGGGGCCGGAACUUGCGGAUGCCGUGAAGAAUGUGUUUCAAGCCAUCAGCAUCCCUAUUGAGUUUGAAGAGCUUUUCUUGAGUGAGAUCCACCACACAAUUAGUGCACCACUGGAAACCGUGAUAGAAUCGGUGCAAAAAAAUGGAAUUGCACUCAAAGGAAUCUUGUCCUCACCAAACAUCUCUCAUACUGGAGAGUUGCAGACACUGAACAUGAAAAUUCGUAACCAACUGGACUUGUUUGCUAAUGUUGUGCAUAUACGAAGUCUUCCUGGCAUCAAAACUCGGCACAGCAACCUAGAUUUCUUUGUGAUACGAGAGCAGACAGAAGGUGAAUACAGUGCUCUGGAACACGAGAGCGUGACUGGGGUGAUUGAGUGUCUGAAAAUUGUAACCGAGAUGAAGUCACGUAAGAUUGCCAAGUUUGCUUUCGACUACGCCACCAAGCACGGGCGGAAGAAGGUUACAGUGGUGCACAAGGCAAACAUCAUGAAACUGGGCGAUGGCUUGUUUCUGCGGUGCUGCCAGGAGAUCUCUGAGCUCUACCCUCAGAUUGAGUUUGAGUCUAUGAUUAUUGACAACACCUGCAUGCAGCUUGUUGCCAACCCCCACCGCUUUGAUGUCAUGGUGAUGCCUAAUCUGUACGGGAACAUAAUUGACAACUUGGCUGCUGGAUUGGUCGGGGGAGCAGGCGUCGUGCCAGGAGCUAGCUACAGCUCGGACUGCGUCAUCUACGAGCCUGGUGCACGGCACACUUUCGGCGAAGCUACGGGGAAAAACAUUGCAAACCCGACGGCCAUGUUUCUGUGCGCAGCACAAAUGCUACGCCACGUCAACCUGCACUAUUACGCUACUCUUGUGAAGGAUGCCGUCGAGAAAGUGAUCAAGAGCGGGAAGGUUCGUACCAGGGACCUCGGUGGCUACGCCAGCACCACAGACUUCACGACUGCAGUCAUCCAGAACCUUCCGCACUAACAGGACAACAACAUUUGCUCCUGUUAGCACUGUCUUGUUUGCCCCAAAUUGUGCAUUACCUCUUCCUAGUGCGAAUGGGUGCCAUUGGCAGAAAUUUGCAUGUGAAUGAUUUUAACUUGCUACAAAGAGUUCUUGUUUCGCUGUACAUCUACUCAACUCUCACAGCAGUCCAAUUCCGACAUUUCUAGCUGUCAUUUCAAUCUUAAUCAACUCCGCAACGGAAGUGAGGAGGUUUUGCAGGGGUGGUACAGGGGGCAUGCAUUUGAGGAAAGUUCAAAAACAGCAGCUGAUGAGCGUCGAGAUAAGAGAUCGAGAAAGCAGAGUUCAGUGUGCACAUAGUGUAGUCUGUUGUUUGACUUUAUCUUUUUUUUUUUUGUGUGAGUGUUUAUGACAGGGGUGGCCAAAGCACGGCUCGCGAGCCUCAUGCGGCUCUUUGGGGUCCCUAGAGCGGCUUGCAGUUCUCUUGUAAAUUUCCCCUACCCCGGCCAUGAUCAAACUAAAAGACAUGUGGAAAAAGGGCAGUUUUUUUUUGUUUUGUCAGGUUUGUGCCAUCCUACACAGAUCGGACAAAGUUCUUGUUUUACGAAUGUGGACUCACAAUGAAGAAACCUACUGAGCAAUCGCAUUAUGAGUGGAAUUAGCCGUGGCCAUAAAACUGUGAAGGAAAAAAAGAUGUUUAAAAAGUGCCACGCUUUUUUUUAAUUGCGGCUCUUCGCUUAAAAUUUUUCCGUUUUAUGGCUUUUUGGAUAUGUCCGUCUGGCCACCCCUGGUCUAUGUUAUAUCCUUGGCAGCAUAUGUCUAGCUAGCUAUCUUAGCAAGGGAGAACUUAUUUAUGACAAAAAUAUUCUGGAAGGUAGGUAUAUAAAUUAUGAACAGUCAUGAGAAGCUAUAGUUGUUUGAUCAUGUAGAGGAAUGCCUCGCUGAUGUUGUGCAACUGUAAUUUACACAAUAAACGUUGUACCGAUGA